AUGAUAUCAAAUAUCAUCAAUCCUCCAUGGUACCGACAGUCCUCCUCCAUCAGUCCUCCAUCAGUCCUCCGUCAGUCUUCCAUGGUACCGACAGUCCUCCUCUAUCAGUCCUCCAUGAUACCAACAGUCCUCCAUCAGUCCUCCAUCAGUCUUCCAUGGCACCGACAGUCCUCCUCCAUCAGUCCGCCAUCAGUCCUCCAUGGUACUGACAGUCCUCCAUCAGUCCUCAAUGAUAACAACAGUCCUCCUCCAUCAGUCCUCCAUGCUACCGACAGUCCUCCAUCAGUCCUCCGUGGUACCGACAGUCCUCCAUCAGUCCUCCAUGGUACUGACAGUCCUCCAUCAGUCCUCCAUCAGUCCUCCAUGGUACCGACAGUCCUCCAUCAGUCCUCCAUGGUACUGACAGUCCUCCAUCAGUCCUCCAUCAGUCCUCAAUGGUACUGA